UGUAAAAGGAUCUUUAAUUACAGAUUUUAUUUAAUAUUUUACAUGCCUUUCCAAUGAGUUCACGACGUCAGUUAACUAUAAACAGAAACAAGACGCUGCUUUUGUGAAAUUAUUCUGUCACAAGUAUAAAAAAAACUUGAUCCAUUUUCUAUUGCGGUUAAAGUUGGCGGUCUAAAAGGGAGAAUUUCAGUAUGCCUGGAGGGUUCAAUGUUGAAGUUGCUGAAGAUGUGAAACAAGAUCUGUAUUGUGUCAUCUGUCUGAACUUAAUGAAAAAUGUUAUGCAGCUACAAUGCGGUCAUGGAAUGUGCAAGAUCUGUUUAGAAGAUCUAGAGACAAGUAGCAGGGAAAGGGGUUUGGAUUUUGUUUGUCCAACAUGUCGAAAAUUAAUAAAUAACAACAAUGUGCACCCAGUCCCGAUAAUGGACACAUUCAUUUCAUCAGUGAAAGUUAAAUGUGAACAUUUAGAGAAAGGCUGCGAGUGGAUUGGUGAGCUCGGUAAUUUGGAGGUUGUGAUUUUAAGAAUUGUGACAGAACGUUUGAACGGCGCGAGCUCACAGACCACAUGGAGAAAUGUGCGUACAAGCCGGAAGCAUGCCAAUAUUGCAAAGGACUAUUCUUAUGCUCAGAAAUCCAGUUGCAUUAUCGCGUAUGUGGAAGAUACCCUGUAAAAUGUCCAAACAACUGCUCAAACGAUUUGAUGGAGAGACAAGUGGUAAGUUAUGAUGUUUUUUGUACUAUAUUAUAACUUUAUACCAAAUGUACCCGACAUCUUUAUAGGUAGGGGAUCACCGCAAUUUUUGCCAGGAAGAACCUACUGUAUGUGAAUUUUCUUCGUUUGGCUGUAAAGUUAUGGUAUGAUCUAGUUUCUUGUUUCAAACCAUUUACGUAUUGUAGCAGAUGGGUGUGGGUACCUAAUAAUAACUACGUCUUAUCCGCAUCUGAAACACACAACUGGUCCAAAGAGGUUUUAAAAAUAUAAUAUGUAGUAACAUUCAGCCACAUAUUUUAACUUUUUGUAGCUUCUAGUAAGGAAUAGUUCUUUUAUUUCUUGUGUGCUGUUCGCAUGUCUGCAAGAACAAGUGUAUGCUUAGUAGUAAAUACGUUUUAUAUUAACUACCUUCACUCUUUCCUGUCUUAAAUAUAAAUAAUUUGAGUCUCCCAGAAAAAGCUUGUCAGAGCAUUAUCGUGAUUCUUCACAUCAUCAUUUAUCCCUUACUUUGGGUGAAAUUACCGCGAUGAAAAAAGAAAUUGAAAAUAUGCAAUUCCAAGAAAAAAAGAAAACUGUCGAUGAAACAAAUUGGCACGCAGAGAAACUUGGUCUCAUGAUUAAAGAAUCAUCAAACUCGGGCAGAUACAGCGCAAUUGAACAGUGUUGCAAAGACAUUGUACACGAGUUCGAUAUCAAUUUUGGAUUUUUGACGAAGAACUUCCUUCUUUAAGAUCAAAGUUGGUUCAAGUGGAUACAAAAAUUGUUUUAGCAGAAAUUGAACGUAUUUUUAUAGACUGCGUGUCUGUUAUGAAGAAGGAAGUUUUCCUAACUGAUAUAAUGUGGAUAAAUGUUGAAGUUGAGGUGAGAAAAUCAUUAAAAAUUUUAAUUGCUGACGCAAAGGAAGAAUAUUUUGAAAGUAUUUUAUCUCCUAAAAAAAGAUUCGAAGCCUUAUUAAACAUAAUGCAAAUUAACACGCAGUACCAUCAAGCAGAAAGCUGUUUCUACAAAAUAGCAUUUAAACGUAAGAAGAUUGGGAGCGGCAUAAUUGUGGAUGACGAGUUUGUUACGUUUUCUAACGAUGGACCCAUUAUUUACUUGAAAGUGAAAAAGUGGGUGGAAGUUGCUGAAUGCCUUUAUUACAAAAAAAAUAUUGCAUACGCAUUAGAUAUCAAGGAUGACAAGAUAACAUAUGAUGUGUCGAAUGUUUUUGAUCGUGUUGAUUGUAAAGUACUUUUCAGAUUUUUGAACUUUUCUUAAUUUUUUAUCAAACGUAGUAAUAAUAAUAGUUUAGAGAAA